UGCAUGCCGUUGACGUUUAAAUGGCACUGCCCCUUUAACCGUGUGACCGUACUGCUCAUGCUCAGGGCUUUGUGCAAGAGUUUCCCCGUCGCAAACCAGCUGUGGGGCCGGAGAGCGACAGCGGACAGAGCCGAUAGAAGCGCCGUUCCGGGAGAGCUGCGACUGGCGCAUCCUCUGAUAACAAACCCGGGCAGAGGGCACGUCUUUGUCUGGAAGUACAUCCUCAAAAUAAAGAGAACAGCGCACGACGAUGAUCUGAAAUCCGUGGUUUUGCUUUAUCUCCGGGAUUACAGUCUUUGACGUUGAGGCAGCAUUAUCCGGUCGCGGUCGUGUGUUUACAUCGGAACCUUGACCACAGUGGAAGUUAUCUGGAAGACUUGAGGACGCGCCGCAGAGCGCGUAACAUGUUUUUCGAUGUUUGUGUUGCUCGGAACGGAUGAGACCGAUUGGAAAUGCGUUUACAGUGUUUUUAAGCUCGAAACUGUUUCCAUCAAAGUUUCUUGUCUUUGUCCUGUCCCGCAGCUUUCUCCACAGCGCUCGGUAUGUUCUGACAGUGCGUAAUUAUUGUUUUCCUGCGCCUUUCCCACUGGCGUCACAGGUAGGCUUCUUGAGCCUACCGACACCACUGCUGAUGACAGCAGAUCACCUCAUAGCAUAAGGUGACAGUUCGUUUUCUGCUUCGGGGUUGCAGCAUCUCAAAAAGACACUGCGCGUCCAUCAUGGAUGAUGUUGGUGGAAUGCAUAGAUGCACCUGGACGAAGUCGUCCAAAAGGAGCGCCCGGGACGUCUUGAAAACAUACCUCGGGAUAUUUGUGAUGCUUCAUCUCGUGCUUCACACGGAAGCCUCCUCUGUGUCCUCUAAGUCCUGCGAUAAAAAAUGUUUUUCAGGGAAGUGCAUCAACGGGAGCUGCGUGUGUGAUCACGGAUGGGUCGGGGAUCAGUGCCAGCACUGUCAGGGGAGAUUCAAGUUAACAGAUCUGUCAGGCUCUCUCACAGAUGGACCAGUGAACUACAAGUAUAAAACCAAAUGCACUUGGCUAAUAGAAGGAUAUCCUAAUGCAGUACUCAGGCUGCGCUUCAAUCACUUUGCCACAGAGUGCAGCUGGGACCAUAUGUACGUGUAUGAUGGAGACUCCAUUUACGCCCCUUUGAUUGCUGUGUUCAGUGGUCUAGCAGUACCAGAGAACAGAGGUAAUGAGACGGUCCCGGAGGUAGUUACGACUUCCGGCUACGCUCUGCUUCACUUCUUCAGCGAUGCUGCCUACAACCUGACGGGCUUCAACAUCGCCUACUCGAUAAAUUCUUGUCCCAAUAACUGUUCGGGCCACGGCAGAUGCGGCACAGCGAACUCGGUCUCGGGUCGUGUGUACUGUGAGUGCGAGGAGUACUGGAAAGGAGAAGCCUGCAACAUCCCAUACUGCAGGGAUAACUGUGGCAGCCCGGAUCACGGCUACUGUGACCUGACCGGAGAAAAGCUCUGCGUCUGCAACGACAGCUGGCAAGGUCCAGACUGCUCUCUGUCCGUUCCCUCCACUGAGGCCUUCUGGGUGCUGCCGAGCAUCAAACCGUCAGCUCAGUCUCUGGGUCGGGCGUCCCAUCAGGCUCUGGUGCACUCUGGGCUGAUGUGGGUGGUGGGAGGCUACUCUUUCAACUACUCCAACUACCACAUGGUCCUUAACUACAACCUAGAGAGCAGCACGUGGGAUGUGGUGCCUGUUGGCAGCGGUCCUCUCUACAGAUAUGGUCACUCAUUGGCUCUGUACCAGGAUGACAUCUACAUGUUUGGUGGGAAGCUGGAGGCGCAGUCGGCCAACGUGACGGACGAAAUGUGGGUGUUCAACAUCCCUAGACGCACCUGGUCUCCACGGACACCAGCCCCGCCUCCUCCGUACGCUCUGGAGGGGCACACCGCCCAUGUGGUGGAGCAGGCCGACGGCGAGCCAGUGAUGCUGAUCUUCUUUGGCUACUCGCCAAUCUACAGCUACAUCAACAAAGUUCAGGAGUACAACAUCAGGUCUAACUCGUGGCAGGUUGUGUCUGCCGGAGGUGCGGUGGUCCAGGGAGGUUAUGGCCACAGCAGCGUGUACGAUGAGGCCAGCGGCUGUGUGUUUGUCCACGGGGGCUACAAGGCACUUAGCAACAACAAAUACGGCCUGGUGGACCACAUGUACCGAUACGAUGUCCAAGCGAAAACAUGGGUGAUCCUCAGGGAGAGUGGUUUGGCUCGGUACCUACACUCCGCAGUGCUGCUGAGCGGCACAGUGCUGGUUUUUGGGGGAAACACUCACAAUGACACGUCGCUAAGCAAUGGAGCCAAGUGCUUUUCUGCUGACUUCAUGGCGUACGAUAUAGCUUGUGAUGAGUGGACUGCCCUCCCCAGACCAGGGCUGCACCGGGACGUCAACCGCUUUGGACAUUCUGCCGUGGUUAGCAACGGCUCCAUGUACAUCUUCGGAGGUUUUUCAGGCCUCCUUCUGAACGAUGUGCUGGCCUACACCCCUCCGUCCUGCAAGGCAUUUUCUAACCCAACUUUGUGUGCUGCUGCUGGGCCAGGCCUUCGCUGCCACUGGAUCAAAAGUAGAUGUGUCCCU